AAGUUUGUUGAAACAUUUUGAAUCCUCAAGCAAACAAAUACAUGAAAACAACAUGUCUUUCUCGUCUGCCGAAAUCCUUAAAACCCCUCCCGUUCUCAACCAGCAGUCUCAUCCAGAACAGGUUUAACUGCACCUACCUUCUCUUCCUUAUUUAUUUGUGUGCAAUCUGUGAGCUAUGAGAAAGAUUCAACCCUGAGUGCAGCUGAGCAGUUCACCCUAAAGAAAGAGAGAAGCAGGUGAGCAUCCUAAAACAUAUCAGCUUAUUCUUUUCAAUGACCUGCAGACCUAUGAAAUCAUUGCUCAUUUAACUCGAAGCUGAUCAUGGGCGCUUCACAGAGCAAGGAUAAGAUGCAUUGCACCAGAUACCUGAACGGCAAAGGUCCUCCACCGCUGGGUGAGACAGCAGAAACUCAAAGAUCAAAAAACCACAAAAAGAAUAAUCUGAUAAAAGAAGGAAGCCAGCCAGAUGGAGGGGAGAUGAAUUGUAACAUCGAAAGACGGAGUUUGCCGGGACAUCCUGACUGUGACACCAUUAAAAUCACCUUUCACUUUUAUGAAGGAAUCCAGUCGGAUAAGCAUCCGCACCCGGGUCAUAGCUACAGGGGGAGUGAGUCUGUGGCCUACCUGCCUAAGAACACCACAGGGACCAAGAUCCUCCGGCUACUGGAGCAGGCCUUCCAACACAAGCUGCUGUUCACUGUGGCGGCCGAUCUCAGCGGUGAAUACUGCGUGACGCCCGCAGAUAUACCCCUCAAGACUCGGGACAGCGAGGGAUCUGGAAGCUUGGGCUAUCCAGAUCCAAAUUAUUUGAAAUCAGUGAGGAAAAGUCUCAAGGUAAAAGGGAUCAAAUGAGAGGAAGUGGACUACUAUGACUACAACAAAAUUUCCAACCUCAUCAUGACCCUGAUCUGCAUGACGAGGAUAUGGAUAUGGAUAUGGAUAUGGAUAUGGAUGUGGCAUGAUUACAUGGAGUUUGACGUUUACAGCCAAAUCAACAGAACAUUGUCAUGGCUGUUCAAUUUGACAUAGUUCAUGAGGACCUUUAUGCAAAGCCAGAAACUAUAUUGCAUACGGGCACGCUGGCGACUUGUGUAUUUUCUAUAAAACAGAGUUCUAACAUGAAGUAAGACAGUAUAG